CGCUCGGGCUUCUUAACGCGAGACGGGGAGCCCCGCGCGCCACAGGGAGAGCGCGCGGACUGACGGCGCGUCACGCGACCACCCCUCGGAUCUGUGGACGUUAUCGUGUAUCGUAACUUUCGAAGGGAAGAAGAAACUCCUCGAAUAAACAAGGAAUGGAAUACCCUGUGGAUUUCCUGAGAGCCUCAAGCCAUGAGGACCUGGAAAAAGCAGCGCUGGACUUUAUGUCGGCUCUUCUCGAGAGCAACCCAGACAGGCCAGAGUGUUUCCAGCUGCCUGACUCCACACAGGUCCCCAUUGGCUUGUCAACAGUAGGCUUGAUCCCCCUCUAUGGAGGUGACUUCAGACAGAAAUUACUGGCUCUGUUUGACCCCAAAGACCAGUCAACAGCUGUGGCCCUGUACUUGGCAAAUCAAUGGUGGGCUGUAGAGGACAUUCUUAAAACUGCGGACCCUCUUCGAAAAGGUCUGGUGGAGGUGCAGACUCUAGGGGAGAGAAUUGUGCUCUAUGUUCUCAACCGAAUAGUGUACAGGGCACACGAAAUUGGAAAAGAUGAAGUACCUUUUCUUUGUCACAGCAAAGAUGACUUUGUUAAGGUUCUCUGGAAAGAUGGCAAGGCCAUUGGCUUCUACUCUGUGAAGCCUAAAGGCAGUUCAUGUAUUGACUCUUUGAAUCAGGGCUGUCAGCUUUCUGUUAUGGACUCCGUAUUUGUCCGGAAAAGUUACCGUGGAAGUCAUUAUGGCCUUCAGAUUCUGGAGGAUUUUGUUCAGUCUUUCAGAGAAGACUCUCUUGGUAUUAAAUAUCCCCUUUCAACUUAUAUGUAUAAGGUAUGUGAGGAGUACUUACAUAUGUACCCAGAGGACAAACACCUGCUUUGGGAGGUGCAAAAUGAUAGAGGCACAUACCAAAAAGAUUUAAUCGCUCACAAGAUCAUAAAUGUACCUCUGAAAGGGGGAGUCAUGCAAGAAUCUUCUGAGAAUACAGAAAUGAUGGUGGAAGAAAAGGCACUAGAAGAAACUGUGAAAAGCUUCAUGGAAGAAGAAGUUGUUAUUGUGACUAAGCAUGCCAGAGUCAGAGAACCUAUUAGAGACACACCUGUUUCAUCACACUCGAGAACUGUAGACCGCCGAUGGAAGAGACUGAGGGAAAGAUCAGAAGAAGUUAUUGAAGAAAGUGCACCAAAUAAAAUAAAUAGGAUGGAGUAUAUUGAGGAGAUCAUAGAAGUCCCAGUGGAAAUGUUCAAGGAUCCAGAGGGUGAUGGUGAACAAGGCGGUCAACAAGGGCAAGUGGGACAAUGUCUGAUGCGGGAAGAACACUGGGGGAGCAAACUGGCCUUGGAAACCGAGCGAUUAGAAAAUAAGGAGGCAACAAUAAAUAGCGAUUUGUUGGUCAGUGUAAAUGACAUCAGAAAAGAAUCCUCAGAUGAUCUUACAGGCCUUGAGGAGGCAACCACUGCAAAUAUGUCUACUGGUGAAACCAUGGUGGAUCAGGAUAUAGCAGAGCAGGAGGCCUCAUGUGUUCAGGUAGCACACAAACGUGUGAACCUGCAGGAAGAGGCCGUGGAAAAACAGACUCCUUCAAAGCACACUGAUCUUCUCACAGACUGGGCAGAGAAAACUGUGGAAGAGCCUGUCAGAGAACUGCUGGAGGGGAAGAUGAGUCCUGAAGCAAAGGAUAAAGAUCAUAGCAAGUCCAUAAGUCAGAUGAAAGAACCCAUCUCCGUGGAUGCCUGUCAAAUAAUGCUUGUGAGCCAAGAGGAAUCAUCCUUCAAGUUUCAUGAAGGUGAUGAUGUUUACCAAACUGCAUCAGAUUUUCAAAAGGAGAGGAAAAAGAUAGAUGAAAAGGAGCAAGAAAUGGGUAUAAUAGAUAAUAUGGAGGAGGCUGUGACAAAACAGCAUGAAGAGCUGAAGGAUAAUGAUGAAGAAAAGACAGAGGUCAUGCCACAUGAAAUGGACACCACAAGAGGGAUGAAGAAAAGUCAUAAGAGGAGUACAAGAACAAUCAUGUUCAGGCACCUGGAGAAAGACAGUCAUUCAUUGGCAGUAGAAAAAACUGCCCCAAAUACCACAGAAGAAAUGAAAGCCAGCAGCAAACAACCUAAUGAAACAACUGUGGAAGUGAGUGUUCUUAGAGGAAAUACCAAAAAGAUAAUCACUGAAACACCUAAAUGUAAAUACAGUAAAAUAAAGGUAAAGGCAUUAUGUAAGAAAACAAAUGUAAUAACUGAUAGGGUUGCUGUUGAGGAAGUGAAAAGUAAACAGGAAGAAAAGGCUGAAAAUACAGAACUAAUGACAGUAAAAGAUAGAGUGACCACAAGUAUUGAACAGGACAUUGACGUAGAGAAUAUCAUGGAUGCUGAGGAUGACACCCCAGUUCUGGAAAAAAUCGCCCUGUGUGGGAAAAACAAAACUGCAACAGAUAAAGAUGAAACUUCUAUGGAAAUUGUAGAACAGGAAAGGGGAAUUAAAGGAGCUAAGAUGGAAAAUAUUGAGAAAGUGGCAAAUGAGAAGGCAAAUACACAAGAAAGUAAGACUGAGGAAGAGGAGGAGGUGAAAAAGGAUGAAAUUUUAGUAGUAAAACCAGAUGAAGUAGAAUUAUCAGGUGAAGAAAAGGAUGUUGUGGAAGAAAGCAGAAAAGAGGAUAUAGAAGCCUCAACAGCACAGGCAAAUGUGGCAGAAGAGACUAUAGUUGUAGAGGAAAGAGUUCUCAGGAAGCGGUCAGUAGAAGUAACUAAGAGAAAAGCUAGUCCAAGGAGAACACCUAAACGUAAAUCGAAACAACUCAGCAAACAACCAAUAAAAGAUUACAAAGAUGAUUUUCGAACAACAGAUGGGGGUGAGAGGGAAGAGCCCAAGUCCACAGCCACUGAGGAAGACUUGGAAGCCUUAAAAAAAACCUUGAAUGUGGGUGAGGAAUCAAAUACCCUAGGAAAGAGAGCACUUAGGCCUAGGUCACAAAAACUGAAGUCUAAUCCAAAGGUGACACAUAAAUCAAAAUGUCUCAGUGAAAGCCUAGUACAGGACUUCAAGGGUGAUCUUUCAGUAACUGAUGAGGAGAAGGAAGGGAACAAGACCACAACCACUGAAGAAGAGACAGAAGUUUCAAAAACAAACCUGAAUUUGGAAGAGGAGCCUGCUACUGCAGAAAAAAGAGUUCUCAGGAAAAGGUUGGAAAAAGUAAAGGCAAACGCUACUUCGGAAGUGACACCAAAAUAUAAGUCAAAACUUCUCAAAGAACAACCGAUACAGGAAUACAAUGUUUAUCUCUCAACAAUGGAUGAGGAGGGAAUUGAGGAAGACUGUACAGGAGGAAGAGGAAGUGGACAGGAGAAGAAUGAUGGAUCAUCUGAACAGAGGAAUUUAGAGGGACAAAAGGAGAGUUUAGUAACAAAAGAGAUGAAUAAAGGAGAGAAAAAAGCUGUGGGAGAUAACCAUACUGGAGAGAAGAAAGAAGGCAAAACUUUGGUACAUAAAACUAAUGAGAUAGCUGUAGAUGUAGAUUUGUUUCAAGAGAAGACAGAUAAAGAGAAGGAUGCAAUAGAAGACGAAGAAACGGGGGAAGAGAUGGAAGUCUUAACAACAGACCUGAGCAAGGCAGAGGAAAUGAAUGUUGUAGGAAAGAGAGUUCUUAGGAAGCAGACAGAAAAAAUAAAAGGAAAGGAAAGUCUCAGUGCAACAACCAAAUCCAAAUGUCUCAGCAAGCAAACAACACAAGAGACUAAGUGUAGUUUGCCAGCAUUGGAUCAGGAUGGAGAAGAGAACAUUGCAAGGGGAGAUGGGGAAAAAAUGAAGGAGAGUGCAGAAGAGGAAAGUAUUUUGCAAGAGGAUGUACUAGAAAAUAAUGAGAGAAGUACUAGUGAAAAGAAGUUUCAUAAGGCUGGGGAUGAAGAAAAUAUGGAAAAGGAGGUAGAAGACGAACAGAAUGCAAAGCAGAAAGCAACAGAUGUUGUGGAAAAAGAAGAGCAUUAUGAGAUGGAAAUGCAGGAGACAGACAAAGCAGGAACUAGCAUAAUCACAGUAGAUGAAACCUUAGCAAGAGGGUUGGGUGUAGCAGAGGAGCCUAUGGUUGAAGAAAGGAGGGGAGAAGGUCUUCCAGAACCAAAUGAGGAGGAGGAAGAGGAGAAGGAAGAGGCAAUCAUGAAAAAGGGAGAAAAUAAAAAUAUGGAGGAAAAAAAUGCUGAGAAAAAAGUUGAGGUGAGUAGAGCUAAGAAAGGAGUGAAUAACAAGGGAAAAGCUGGUGAAGAAGGAACAAAACAGGAAGGAAAGAAAGAAGUGGAAAAUGAGUUGGUUGAUAUAGUGGGGGAAGUGGCAUCUGAAAAAAAUGAUUCAGGUGAAGUUCAGGGAGGAGAGCUGGUAAUAAGAAGUGAAGAGGAAACCGAAGCCUCAGAAGACAGCUUGAAUGAGGCAGAAGUGCUAACUAUUGAGGGACAGACAGUUCUGAGAGAAAGCGAGGAAAACAUUACAAAGGCCACUUCCGUAAGCAAAUCAACACAAAGCAAAAAAGGACCAUUAAAGGAAUUCAAGGAUAAUCUACCUGCAGAAGACAAUAUGGAAAACAAAACUAAACAAGUGAAACAGAAAUUAGAAGGAGAAUAUGAAGAAGUUGUGACAAAGGAGAUAAAUUUGGAGGUAGCGAUGAAAGAUAAUAUGGAGAAACCGGGGCAAACUGAAAAGGGAAAGGUGGAAACGUGUUUUUUGGAGGAAAUUAACAAGAAGGGGAGAACAGAAAAAAGGGUGGAUGAGACAGAAAAAGAGGUUGGGGAAAAUCCCAUUGAGGAGGAAGGAGUGAAGGAACAUGUGGGUAGUAUUACUGAUAAAAGGGUUAUUGCGGUGGAUGCAAACAUGGAGGCUGUGCUCGGAAAACACAAGAAUGAAGAUUAUAUUGAGAAAAGGGAAGCAGCAGCAAGCCAGGAAGCAGCAGCUGAGGAGGAAGCCAUAGUUUCAGAGAUGAGUACUAUUGAAGACGAGGACAGUGAGCCUAUACUUUUGGGAAUGAGAGUUCUAAGGGGCAAGGCAAAAAUAUUUCAGAUAACACCUAGGCACAGCUCCAGACAACACAGAAAGCGGGUUUUGAAAAAUGAUGAGGAAGAAGAGAAUAAUGAAGUGGAACAACAAGAAAGCUGUAAGGAAAAGGUCACAACAGCUGAUGAGGAACAUGUAAAGAAGAACUCAGCUGAAGCUAUCAUGUCUCCCGUCUUGAAAAGGAAACUUCCAAACAGGAAAUGCAAAAUAACCCCACCGUAACAUAAAUCAUAGUGUCUCAGCAAGCUUUGAAUAGGAACCUUUGGAGGGAAAAGGGACAUUUUCUCUAUACAGGGACUGGGGAAAAUAAUGUAUAAAUGGUAGAGAGGUAAUGGGUUUUUCACAGCCGUUUAUUUCAUCUUUGGCACUAAAUCAUUUUUUUAAAAACCUCUGAAGAAGUUUAAAGUUACCUUUACAUGAGGCAGUGAUAGUAUGCUGCCUUGUAGUGUACAUUUCUAGAAUUUUUCACAACAAUGUCAUUUCGUACCCAAAACCUCCAAUGAAGCACAACUGGGUGUUUAAUGCACUAUGAUUAUGAGGUAUUCCACAGUGUUCUAAUGAGGCAAGCUGGUGGAUACAAAAAAACAAUGCAAAAUAUGUGAAACUGUUGGCCCAGAUCUAACAAAUGUAAACUAUUUCUGUGACUAAAUCAUGUAUAUACAUUAGUAAGCACAUGUAAAACAACUUGCAAUAAUCAGAAAAAAAUGAACAACUUACAGUUCUGAAAAAGAUUGAAACUGUAGCAGCAUAUAGUGUAAUAGGUUAUCUUGAAGCUUCAGUGAAAUAAAUUUGAUUUUACAGAAUGUAGCAAUGUGCAUUUUGUAGAAUAUUGCUGAUCUUGCUAUGCUCAGAAACAGAAGUUUUAGCAAGGAUGAAACAUAUUUCACUGGAAAGGACCUGUGGUUUAAUUGAGAUACUUCUGUCAAAGAAUUUGUCAAGAAUUUGACUGGAAAAACAAGCUCUGUAAAAGCCAGCAUAAAUUCUGAAUGAAAAGACAUAGCAUAAAUUCCUAUAAGUGUAUCACACACACACGCACACACACUGUCUGAAACCGCUUGUCCCGAUCGGGGUCGUG